UUCUGUCAAAAUAAUCUUAUCAGCCGCACUUUACUAUUUGCAAAUCCAUAAAAACUUUAAUUUCAUAACUAUUUGUAUUUAAAUAAGAAAACUUAUAAAUCUGAUGGCAUCGCAUACAUUUAGUCAAAAGAAAUUCAUUCCAACGCCACCAGAAAAAGGAAGUUUCCCUUUAGAUCAUGAGAAUCUUUGCAAACGAUACUAUUUCAAUUAUAUGACUUGUCUCCGAAAAUCCGAUGACGAUAAUUCCAAGUGUCGUUCGGAAGCAAAAGAAUACCUUUCCUGUCGUAUGGACAAUAAUUUAAUGGAAGUUACUCCAUUUUCAAAAUUGGGCUUUCAAGACGACGAUAAAACAACUAAAUCAACAAAUAAACAAUAACUUGAUAAGAUUUCUCUUUAGAUAUUGUAAAUAAAUUAUUAAAUUAAAACCAAAAUGAAAAAUAUUUUAAUCGGUUGCACAGGAAGUGUAGCCACAAUCAAAUUACCAAUUUUAGUCAAUAAGCUACUAGAAUCUGGUCAGCCACUUCAG